AACACGCACACACACGCACAAAACCCCGGAGCAUCUCAGCAUGCCUCUCGCUUACUGUACCAGAAACAGCACUCAGUAACAGAGCGUGAAAGAGAAGGAGAGCUGCCUAUACCGACAGAGAACAAUGAAUGCGGGCUGAUUUCAGAGAGCCUAACUGUAUUACAAAGGAAUGGCAUCAAGCCAAUAGGAAAUCAGCUGAGGCCGCCUGCUGAGCUCUCUCCUGUUGGGAAAAGAGGGCUCCUGGGAAAUGAAGGCCAGUAUGAAGCAGUGGCGGGUGGCUCUGGGGCUCAUGCUCACCUGGGCACUGCUCUUCCUUGCCCUGUUCUCCUACUUUAUGGAGUCACAUGUGGAUGAGGCCAUGGCGCUCUCACACACCGAUACACGUCGCCUCGCCUCUGUGCAGGGCAACACCCGCAGCUCUGUAAUGAUCUCUCACCAGACUUUGCCUGCCACCUCAGCGUCCGCAACCUUCAGAGCUCAGAAGGAACAGAUACCCAACAGUGAACAGGAGGGCUAUGUUUACUCAGAUGCCCAUAGGCUAGCAACCUGGUCUGUAAGCUCACGCUUAGACCCUGCAGCCCACAGCCAGGAAAGCAACCAAACCAUCCCUCAGUUAGUGGACGAGGAGGAUGAGGAAGAGGUGGUGGGAAUGAUUGAUGAGGAGGGCAGGAGAAGAGUAAAGCACAAAGACACCAACAGUUGGUUUGACUCCAAUCCAGAAGAGUUUAACUACUCUAAGUCAAAGUCUGUGGUGCAGCGUUUAUGGCAGGGCAGUGCCUCACUGGACAUGCUCAGUCCACGCUUGCAGAAGGCUAUAAAAGAUUACAUGAGCAAUAAUAAGCACGGAGUGUCCUACAAAGGGCAGCGGAAGGCACAGACGAGUAGGACAUACCUUCUGUGUGAGAUGAAGAAGAAGGCCAAAGUGAAGACACUGGAUGGAAAAGAGCUACCCUUCUCUUCACUGGGCUGGCAGAAGAUCGUACCUGCUUUGCCCCUUGAGCGCCUCUAUGGCACAGGAUUCAGCUCCUGUGCUGUAGUCACCUCAGCUGGUGCCAUCCUCCACUCCGGCCUGGGAAAGGAGAUUGAUUCCCAUGAUGCUGUUCUGAGGUUUAAUUCAGCCCCUACCAAAGGGUACGAAAGAGACGUUGGGAGUAAGACUACCAUUCGCAUCAUCAAUUCCCAGAUCCUGGCAAACCCCAGCUACCAAUUCAACAAAAGCUCACUAUAUAAGAAUAUGACCCUGGUGGCCUGGGAUCCUGCGCCAUACACUGUCAAUCUGCAUAAAUGGUAUAUGAACCCAGACUACAACCUGUUCACUCCAUACGUGAAGUACAGGAAGCAGUUUCCUGCUCAGCCUUUCUACAUCCUGCACCCCAAGUUUAUCUGGCAACUAUGGGACAUGAUCCAGGCCAACACACUGGAGAACAUUCAACCCAACCCACCUUCAUCAGGGUUCAUUGGCAUCUUGCUGAUGAUGUGGCUAUGUGACGAGGUUGACGUCUACGAGUACAUUCCAUCUUUAAGACAGACUGACUUGUGCCAUUACCAUGAGCAUUACUACGAUGCUGCAUGCACGCUGGGAGCCUAUCACCCUCUGCUCUAUGAGAAGAUACUCAUUCAGCGCAUCAACUCUGGAUCUGAGAACAACCUUCGGAGGAAAGGAAAGGUCACACUUCCAGGCUUUAGGACCAUCCACUGUAACCCCUGAACUUUGAUCCCUGGAGGAAAGGUUGCAAUAAUUGUAAAGCAGGUUUGAGGCUCACCUGCAGGCAGUCCACAGAGACAGACUCUGCUCUUUUGGGCCGUCUUCAGUUGAGUUCUCUGAGCCUUGUGUGAUGUAGAGGUCAUUGGAUAGCAAUAUGUGUGUCAUAGAAAAGCUGUUUUUAGGUAUCUGGUGAUUUUGCUGUAGCUAGCCAUCAUGUGACAAGACCGAUGGUGUUUGUGAUGGAAUUGAGGAAUACUCAUUACCAGUUAAUGUCACCAUUACACAUGCGCGUGCGUGCGCACACACACACACACACACACACACACACACGACAUGUAAAAUAUUAAUUGGUACUCUUACUAAAAAAGAAAUUUUUAUUGAUGUAAUUAAAUACACUGUUUUACCAGUGAUGAUACCAGACUUUCAGUAGUAUUUGGAGUGGAUAUUGCUUUCUGUCGUAUUACAGUUUUCUCAGCUGUUCACAGAUGAAAAAUGUGGUGCAUGUCUGAGAGUACUGCUUGGUCUGUGCCAUAUAUUGUCUCUAUUGUAAAUGACAUUUCUCUCUUGAAUGUUCAUUGCCAUGUGAUGAAUGUUGUAUGGUCAAAGUACAGGUGAAAGCACUGAAGACCAUUCCAUGUUACAUGUCAUACAGCUGAGACGACAAAACUUCCAAACAAAAUGUUCUGGACUCUACAGGGACCGUCUUGGUUCAAAAAUGUCUGACGCUGUUAGUGUGUUGAUGAGGGUUCGAUGGUCUAUUUCCUGCUCAACCUAAACCAUGCUCAUCUGAUCUUUUUGUUUGUUUGUUUGUUUGUUUGUUAAGCCCUUUGGCAAUAUAACCAAUGAGCGGUUGUCGUAUUAAUUGUGUAAUAUUUAAACCAGCACAGUCUGGUUGUUUUCUGUAUCUUGUCCAGGAAGUAACAGGUCUUCAUACACUCCCUAUGGAG